AUGAAAGCAGAAGACCACCCUUCCAUCUCCAAACCAGAGAUCACUCUUGAAUCCAACCAAAAGCCCGAGCUCGACCUUGUCAAAAUCCCCGACACUAAAAUCUCUCCCGGUCAUCAUGCCCGCCCCGUUGACCAACUUUACCCCGAACACCCGCAUCAAAACCCCACCAAACGGAAGCGCCACCAUACAGAUCUCGACCGUCCCACCGAUGACUCUCCAGAUGACCCCACCGACCCGUCCCCCGCCACCGUCACGCCCUCCACAGAAUCCGACGAAGUCGUCAUCGUGAGCGAGACCAUUGCCCCCGCCGCGACCAUCCCUCCAGCCGCACCCCAUCGUCCGGCGCCGGCGCGGACCCCGCGGAUGCCGCACCCGCGCCUGGAGGACGACGCGCCUCUGUGCGCGCUGCGCGCCUCGGUCUCGUCCCAGCGCGCCGUCGUGCGCGAGCGCCACCGCCUGCUCACCGAGGCCACGGCGGAGCUAACGGAGCUGGAGCGCCGCGCCGCCGCCCGCAUCGCCCACCUGCGCCGCGCCGCCGACCUCGCUUUCGACUGGAACGCCCCCGCCUUCCCGUGGGCCCCGAUCCUCGCGCGCGAGCUGCACGGCGUCUACAACAUCGCCGCCUUCCGCCCGCUGCAGCGCGAGGCCCUCAACGCUACUCUCAUGGCCCGCGACGUCUUCGCCAUCCUGCCCACCGGCGCGGGCAAAUCCCUCAUUUAUCAGCUCGCCGCCGUCGUCGACCGCGGCGUCACCGUCGUCGUCACACCACUCAUCUCGCUCUCCGUGGAUCAGAAGAUGGCGCUCCGCCGUCUCAGGAUACGCGCAGAGUCGCUCGAUUCUACAACGGAGAAGAGCGCUUUGGCCACGAUAUAUGAUGUGAUUUUGCCGAGGCCGCGCCCGAACAAGCAGAAAGGAUCAAACAAGAAGAGAAAGAACAGCAUGGAGAAUAGAAGGAAGCGGGAAAAGCGUAAGGGCAGCUGGGUUCAAGAUGAUAUGGAGGCCUCGAUUGUUUUCGUAACGCCAGAGCAGAUUGCGAAGAACAAGAAGCUAAUGAGCCGUUUGGAGCUCAUGUACGAGGGGGGACACUUGUCGCGCAUCGUCAUCGAUGAAGCCCACUGUUGCUCGACGUGGGGGCAUGACUUUAGGGCCGAUUACAGGCGCUUGGGCAUUUUGAAGGCCCAGUGUCCCAACACUCCGCUCUUGGCUUUGAGCGCCACAUGCUGCCCGGAGACUACAGCGGAUGUUUGCAAGACGCUUGGUGUACCGAACGCGGUCAUUUUCAGGGGAAGUAUUGAUCGACCAAACCUUUUUUAUGAGGUGCGGAAAAAGAAGGAUGAUGAGGAGAGCGUCAUCUCGGACAUUGCGGAGAUGUUGUUAGGUGAAUUCAAGGAUCAGUGCGGCAUCGUCUACGUUCUUUCACGCAAGGAGGCGGAGGUGUAUAGUGAAACGCUAAAUACGAUGGGCAUUCAAUCCGGCUGUUACCAUGGCGACAUGUCCCAAGAUGACCGUAGCGCGAUUCAUGAGGAUUGGCAAGAUGGAAAAUGCCUGGUUGCAGUGGCUACUAUCGCGUUUGGGCUUGGGAUUGACAAUCAAAUGGUGAGGUUUGUGAUCCAUGCCACGAUGGCGACGAGCAUUGAUGGAUACUACCAAGAGUCGGGCCGCGCAGGACGGAACGGGAAGCCUGCGAAGUGUAUUGUAUUACACCGCGCGAAGGACUUUGCUCGAUUGAGUGCUUUUGUUGCUGCAAACGGAGAUGGCAGAGUAAGGAAAUUGUACGACAUGUAUAGAUAUUGUUCGGGUCGUACUAUUGGCGAGGAUGUUGGAAAUAUUAGCAAAUGUAGGCGCGCUGUUAUUGCUGCAGCAUUCAAUGAGACGCCUCCACCAAGGAAUGAAUGUCAGCAAUCAAGCUGCUGUGACUUGUGUGCAGCUGGUGAUGAACGCAAAUUGGAGCUGUUGGAUGUGUCACCACUAGCCGAGUCUAUCGUGGCAGUAGUGCGUCAUAUGAGUACGACAUACCCUAACGAGAAGGCCACAUUGUUGAACAUCGCAAACAUUUGGACCAAUACAGGGCUAAGAGGGAAACGUAUGCGUGGCCGUGAACCGCCGCUUGAUCGACGGGUAUCGCUAGAGGCCCGACUGGAGAUACUAAUUGGACUAGUACUGGAAGGUGCGCUAGAAGAAUACUACCGCCAUAGUUCGUACGCAGUCAAUGCGUACGUGUCCAUCGGGAACGACGUUUUAUGUGAGUCCAACCGUUUUAAGGUGCUCCUCAGCAAGAAGGACUCGCAAAUUUUAUCAAAUGUUAUGGCGAGUAGAGCGGAGAUGUAA